GGUCCCAGCUGUGGGGCAGGAAGCGGCUUAAUUCUGGGUUUGAACAGAGCAGGGUUAUCUCCCCAAUGGGAGGUCAGUGUAGCAGCUUUGAGUGCCUAUCCAUCCAAUAGGUGUUCUCUGGCUUUGCCCCGCCUCCCCACCAUAGGCUGGGAACCUGACCGCCCCCUACUGGCCUCCCUGAGCAGAGCGGUGCAGACUGCAGUAGCCAGUCCUAGGGUCUGCCAGUUGGCCUGUCCCAAGCGGAGGCAGGGUCUCUAUUCGCCCCAUUCGUCCAAGACCUCAUUGGCACCCCCUCACCCAGCUGCAACCUCCUCCCGACUACAGCUCCUUGCCAUCCCUAAGUCUGACCACCCCCAGUAUGCCCAGGACCGUCCAGUCAUCUGGCCAGUGCCUGGGCCUGUGAGGAAGGCAGUAGCCAGUGAGAGGGUGCAGGUCCUUUCACGGCCCAACCAGCGGAAGGCGCUGUUCCAAGGCUACAACCCGUACACGGUUACCCUAGCUGCACGCUCUGCUAGCGCCUCACCACGCCUACAGGAGCUUUGUCUGCCCCUGCCGCGGAAAUGCAAGGGCAAAUAGACGAAUGCAUCUCAUCUCACACCUCUACAGUACCUCCAGCCGCCUCUUCUUCAGAUACUCAGUCUCCUGUACAGCAUGUCUAUGUCCCUGAUCACCACUGCUCCAUAAUAAAGACCCUCUAUGAUCUCAUUGAGGCAUGUAGCUGGGUCUUUUGUUCUGGUCCAAUGGGACCACUGGCUUUAGAAGGUGGAUUGUUUAGUGCUGCGACGUUCAACAGUGUGCUGUUCAUUCAACUGAACUGAAGUGACUUUUACUAUCACCAAAUGGGAGUUGUCACGCACCUAGAAUAUUACAACGCACAUUACAUACAUAAAGCGAAAACCACCUGAAUAAAAAAGUGUACCUUACUACAAUUACACAGUAAAAUAUAUGUGACAGAUGAAGGAAACCUGAAAAAGGAUGUAAUAUCUUUAAUGAAUAUUCCCUCUCAUGUUAACCCACUACUGCACAUACAGUUGAAGUCGGAAGUUUACAUACACUUAGGUUGGAGUCAUUAAAACCUGUUUUUCAACCACUCCACAAAUUUCUUGUUAGCCACAAGGGGCUACGGGUUCCCAACUAGGAACCCCUCCCCCCCCCUUCAGCCCACAACGGUGGCGCAGGGAAAGCAAAAAUAUUCUUAAAAAUAUUUAACCUCCACACAUUAACAAGUCCAAUAGCUUAAAUGAAAGAUAAACACCUUGUUCAUCUACCCAGCAUGUCAGAAUUUUAAAAUGUUUUACAGCGAAAACAUAGCACAUAUUUAUGUUAAACCACCACUAGGGAAACAUACAAUAUGUAGCCACAUGGCUAUGCAAAAUAGCACAAUCACAAACGCAGGAUUAAAAGAAAAAUAAUUCACUAACCUUUUGAAAAUCUUCAUCAGAUGACAGUAAUAGCACAUGUUACACAGUACAUUUGUUUUUUUCAAUAAUAUGCAAUUUAUAUCCAUAAAUCUCCAUUUACAUUGAGCCAUGUUCAAAAAAUGCAGCAGAAAUGACCGGAGAAAUUAUAAAUAUCUCCAGCAGCUAACGCCAGAUAACAGCAAUAAACAUCAUAAACUUUAACUAAAUAUACAUGUUCUACAUAUAUUUAGAAAAAUACGCUUCUUCUUAAUGCAAACGCUGUGUUACAUUUAUUUUUAACGUUACAGAAUUCAUUCACUAUUCAAUAAUCUGAGACGGCGCUCAGCCAUUAGCAUUAUUUCUCUACUAUGUUGGAUUCGACAAAAAUACAAUUUUAUAACAUAAAUAUUUCCUUACCUUUGAUGGUCUUCAACAAGAAUGCCGUGGAAGGAGUUAUACUUACCUAAUAUAACGUUUGGUUGCAGUUGGUGUGUCUUUGUAUUAGCAAAAGCUAACAUCUUCAGGUGAAUUACUCCAAAAAGGACUUCUGAUCACGAAAAUUGCGCAUCAAAACUUCAAAUUUACAUAUAUGUCGACUAAACUGGUCAAACUAAGUGCAGAAUCAAGCUUUAGGAUGUUUUUAACGUACAAAACAAUUGGCGAUUAAAUCAAACGUAACGAACUCUCUUCAACCAGAUUGGAAAAAAAAGUCUGUUUUUCCAGAGCGCGCUCCUGAAAACUCGUGACACCUCAGUAUUUUACCCACCAAGCAGUCAAAGCUCGUGCUAUUUUCUCCGUUGCACGUCUCAUUAUAAGACGGGAGCGUGCUGAAGAAAUAGAAACUGUUCCCAGAGCCAUAGCUGGUUGGCAAGGGUGGGGGCGAUGACGUCAAAGUUGGAGCAACUUUCUUUGGAGAGAGAGAGAGUUUGGGAGAAUGGCUGCCCUGUGAGUUCUGCUUUAUAUACAGACAUUCUCUUCCAUUAUUCUGACAUUUCACAUUCUUAAAAUAAAGUGAUGAUCCUAACUGACCAAAGAUUUUUACUAGGAUUACAUGUCAGGAAUUGUGAAAAACUGAGUUUAAAUGUAUUUGGCUAAGGUGUAUGUAAACUUCCGACUUCAACUGUUGUUUCCCUCCGGCAACAGAAAACCAUUUUGCCCCUUACAACCUCCCAUGUGAAUUGUUUUAAAUUCAACAAUCCAAUGAGGCAGUAUGAUGUAUCAAUUUGGGCAGGGAAUUUCUUUCAGGAAAUAAAACAAAAACACAUGUGAGCACAUGGUAAGAUACAUUAAAUUUACCCCUUUUUCUCCCAAUUUCAUGUUAUCCAAUUGGUAGUUACAGUCUUGUCUCAUCGCUAGAACUCCCAUACAGACUCAGGAGAGGCAAAGGUUGAGAGCCGUACGUUCUCCAAAACACAACCCAACUAGGCUGCACUGCUUCUUGACAGAAUGCCCACUUAACGCAGGAGCCAGUCACACCAAUGUGUCAGAGGAAACACUGUACAUCUGGCAACAAUGUACUGUGCCCGGCCCGCCACAGGAGUCGCUAGUGCACGAUUGGAGAAGGACAUCCCUGCCAGCCAAACCCUCACUGAACCCAGACGACACUGGGCCAAUUGUGCCCUGCCCCAUGGGUCUACCGGUCGCGGCCGGCCCCCGACAUAGCCUAGACUCAAACCCAGAAUCUCUAGUGGCACAGCUAGCACUGCGAUGCAGUGCCUUAGACCACUGCGCCACUCGGGAGGCCCAGAUACAUUUCAUUCUUUUGCAUGUUUAAAGCUGCAAUGUAAUUCUUUAGGUGACCCAACAAAAUGUACAUAGAAAUAUGAGUUCUAGAUCUGCCAUUUUCAUUGAAAGCAAGUCUAAAAAGUGGUAUAUCUGUUCUAUGUGCAAUAUUUCUAUGCUUUAUUUUUUUAAAUUGAAUUGUUCCAUCUUUUACUUUGCAGUUC